AGCACCACUAGGCAAAGGCGUACGUAUUUAGCUCAGAACUAAUGAGUUUCUGAAGACCAUUCGGAGGGAUUGAUGCGCCGACUGGGCCGUCUGAAGGCUGAGGCAUGGCGGAGUCUGGGAUGCGACCGGAGGGAUUCCUCGGGGUUAUCGGCAAUAACAGUGGCUCUCACCAGCCAGAAAACGGUGCCAUUUCGCCAGAUUCUGACCUGAAAAUGUACCCAAGAACAAUAUAUUAUCCCCUCUCUUCCCGGAGGACGGCGAUCCUGGCGUAGUAUCCGGCAUGCAACCCUUUCUGCGACGCUGGUUCUCCUUUCGUUCAUACAGCAGAAGUCCCGCCUUCUCUCGGACUUUCGCCCCUACUACAAAGCUCAGGAUGGCCUCCUCUACGGCAGCCGCUCUCUACGCCCUGACAGUCUCUGCCUCUCCGGGCUCGUCAGCCCCGGAUGAUGCCACUAAGAAGGCACAUCAUGUCAAAAACGGGUUUGACAACCCUUGGGACUCGUUUACCUCGCCUUUUGACAAACAGGGACAGUUUCUGUGGCACGUAGUGACUGGCAAGGGUAAUCGCCCUGACACCUCUCCUCCAACUGUUCCUGUACAGAAACCAGAAUUUCUACCUAGUCGCGAGACGUCUACCCUGCGAGCGACAUGGCUAGGCCACGCUUGCUAUUAUGUCGAGUUUCCUGGCGGACUGCGAGUACUAUUCGACCCAGUUUUCGAGGAUCGAUGCUCUCCACUAUCAUGGUUGGGACCAAAGCGUUAUACCCAGCCUCCAUGUGACAUCAAGGAUAUUCCUGUCAUCGACGCAGUCGUGAUCUCCCAUAAUCACUAUGACCACUUGUCUCUUCCGACUGUCCAGGAUAUUCAUAAGCGGCACCCGAACUGUCAUUUCUUUGUCCCUCUUGGAAACAAGGAAUGGUUUGACAAGACCGGAAUAUCGAAUGCAACGGAACUCGACUGGUGGGAUGAGCGCAACAUCCGCCUUUCUCCAUCGCAACCCUCAGCCCAGGUAGAGACAACCGAUCAAAGCACAACCUUGAAACCAGCGGAUAUUGCUGCUCGGAUCGGCUGUUUACCUUGCCAGCACCUUAGCGCCAGAACACCAUUUGACCGAUGUAAAACCCUCUGGGCCUCGUGGUAUGUAGAGUCCGGCGGCCGCAGGGUAUAUUUCGCAGGUGACACUGGUUAUCGCUCGGUGCCAACUCUUCCAAAUGAUGUGGACGACCAUGCCCCGGAGUACAGCUUUCCCUCGUGCCCUGCUUUCAAGCAAGUGGGCGAGUUCCGUGGCCCGUUCGAUCUUGGACUAAUCCCUAUCGGCGCGUAUCAGCCACGAUGGUUCAUGAGUCCUAUGCACGCAGACCCUCACGACGCUGUUGAGAUCUUCCGGGAUACCAAGUGCAAGCAAGCUCUGGGCAUGCACUGGGGUACCUGGGUGUUAACUGAAGAGGAUGUCCUCGAGCCCCCUAAGAAGCUCAAGGAGGCGUUGAAGAAGCAUGAGAUCCCGGAAACUGGGGUGUUCGAUAUCUGUGACAUUGGUGAGAGCCGAGAGUUUUGAAAUUUAAGAUAGAAUUGUUACACUAGUGCGAUCACUGUUGUUUCAUGUAUUAUAAUCUACUCGUGAGCUGCUUACUGGCUCCCUGAUACAUUUGUGUAACAAUAUUUGGGAACACUCCACUAGAUACCCUUGUCCUUUAAUGCUUAUAUUCACCU